AUGGGCCAGCCAGAUUUGAAUGAGAAGGAUGAGAGGGGUCUGCAGUCCGUGUCUUCGUUCCGCCCUGGAGUGACGAGCGGUGUGUUGGAAGACUAUGCAGACCCUGAUGUCCAGAAUGAAGCCGAAUCGACUCACAAGGGAGAGUUUGGCACGAAGCGUGACCUUAAACCCCGCCAGGUUUCCAUGAUUGCUGUCGCCGGAACUAUUGGUACUGGUCUAUUUCUAGGAUCUGGUGCUGCAUUGGUUAAUGGCGGGCCUGUGGGCUUCUUCCUUGGCUACACCAUUGUCGGCUGCUUGGUUGGCAUGAUGAUGUACUGCCUGGGUGAAAUGUCCGUCUAUUCACCAAACAUUGGCGGUUUCAUCGAGAUGGGCAACAAGUACAUCUCCCCCGAAGCUGGGUUCGCGAUGGGCAUCAACUACAUCCUACAGACUGGUCUGGCUAUCCCCACAGAGAUUACAGCUACCGCCGUCAUGAUCAGCUACUGGGAUCAUGUCUCGGAUCACGUAUCAGCAUAUAUCGCGGCCUUUUUGGUCCUGAGUAUCGGCAUCAACCUUCUCGGCGUCAAAUACUUUGGCGAGAUUGAGUUUGUGUUUGCCUGCAUGAAGGUGCUGAUGCUUAUUGCUCUCAUCCUAUUCGGCUUGAUAGCUGAUCUUGGCGGCGUCAAUGGCGUAUACACUGGCGGCCGCUACUGGCGAGAUGAGCCAUUCAAUGACUCGUUUGCAAACUUGUCGCCGGUCUCACUCUCACGUUUCCUCGGAUUCUGGAAAGUUCUUACUCAAGCUGCUUUUGCCUUUGGUGGUAUCGAGGGUAUCAGUGUGCUGGCCGGCGAGGCGCACAACCCUAGGAAGACGAUGAGAAGGGCGGUCAGAACAGUCUUCUAUCGAAUUGUUGGACUGUACCUUCUCACCGUAUUGAUGAUCUCCCUUAAUGUCAGCCAACACUCACCAGCGUUGCUCGACGCAGUCGCCCAGGGCGGUUCCACUGCGGCAUCGUCGCCUUUCGUUGUCAUCUGCCAGCAAACCGGCGUCAAAGUCCUCCCAAGUGUUAUCAACGCUGUGCUGAGCUCAGGUUCUGACGUCUGCACUCUCAUCAUGUAA